GCAUUCAAGUAACACCGCACGUUUUCCAUGCGCUUGCGCAUGGUCAUGUUAGGGCGAGUUCCCUGAUUGGUUAGUUUGAGCUACUUCUGGAACGGAAUAACCAAUCAUCUGCAGGGAGCGAAAAUCAAAUCGCAGAGAGCAACAAACGGCAGUUCGGAUUGACAAGAGACGGAGACAAAUCUCAGUAUAAAACGGUGACAUGGCACCUGUCACGAGUAGUCAUAUCGUGGGAAAACCUCGGGAGUUGAUGUCCUACCAAGAACAAAGACGCCAGAAAUUAGAAGAAUAUCUUGAGAGGAAAAAAUACGCGAAUAGCGUGGCAAUCCAAGCAAGGAGCCGUUUGGAGAACAGGGUCUACCUGAAAGACAAGACAAACUUUGAUAAAGUUCGGAUUGCUAAAUGGCAGAAAGAAGCAACGGUAUGUGAAGGCAAGCAGCUGGAGUCAAAAAAACCUGUUCCAAACAGUACCAUUUCCCAAUCCUGUAUCCGAUCUAAAUCAGCUUUAUCAAAGCAAAGGGAAAAGCUGUCCGUACAGAAUACUAACUCGGUUACUAUUAAAACGAAAAUGUCUGAUAACCAAAUCGCUCAAUCUGAGAACCUGCCAUCAUCAGCCCAAGAGAACCAUUCAAAAGUAGGACAAAAAUCAAAAGGAAAUAACAAUGUUGCUCCUAACAAAACCAGAAUGCCUGUCCAACAAACAAUGGAAUCGGAGAAAAUGCCAUUUAACCAAAAGCACAAUUCACUCGUGGAACAAAAAGGAAAGAUGCAUCCAAGAGCACAGAAUGCCACACUUAGCCAGUCAUACUUUGCGAUGAAAAACGAGCAGGUUAGAUUGAUUGCUGAAAAGAGCAAUAAACUAAAGCCACCUACUUCCACUUUUAAGAAACCCGUGUUGGGUUCAUUUCGUGGUAGAAUUGUAGAAUCCAAAAUCCAGUCCUUUAGAUCAACUUCUCAGCAGAGUGAGAGAAGGCAGAAAUCUGAUCCACAGGCAACUCGGUCUGAAACAGAGAUACAGAAUAAAGAAUCUCGAGUCAAGCUGCACAAGCCAAGACCAAAGGGAGUAGAAAAUGUGCAACCUGUUCAGAAGCUCUUUAGUAUAACAACCCAUAAUAAACAAAAGGGCUUAACAGCAGCUUAUGCUCUCAGUACUACAAAAAAGCAAAAACCAACUACAACUGAUAUGCUAAAUAUAAAAAUAGAUUUUAAACCGUCUGGGAAAGGUGACACUACAAUAGUGGCAACUCAGACAAUCACAACAAAGAGAAUCACUGCACCAUCCCAUAAAGCCCCCAGAGCUUUACCUGCAAGACUCCCAGCAUGGAAACUUUCAGGACAUAUAAAAGACAUUGAGCCUACAGCAGAAAAAAGGAAAACACAAUUAAUGUCAAAGGGGAAGUUAGUAAAACGACCUGAAAUGACACCCUUGCAGAAAAAGAAAUCUGCAGAAGAGCCAGUGAAAUCGCUUUGGACAACAAUUAUGGAAGAGGAAAACCAGAGUGAACUUGUGAACAAAAUAAACCAGUCUCUCUCUGAGUGUCUGAAUCGGAUUAAUGAGGGUUGCCCAAGUGAAGAUAUUUUGCAGACCCUUGAGACAUUCAUCGAGAGCGUCCCCAAGGCUAAGAAGUUUGCAAGGUACUGGAUCUGCCUCGCAUACCUUGAGCAACGCAAAGGAUCUGUCCAUGAUGUUAUGGCAGUUUAUGAACAAGCUGUUAAAACUGGAGCACAGCCUGCAGAAGAACUGCGUAAUACACUUGCUGAUAUUUUGAGGAACACUAAGACUCCCAAAAAACCAUGUGAUGAUAAAAGCAAAAUUGAGGAGGAUGGAGCAGGGCAAAAUCCAGAGCUGGCUUUAGAAUACAUGACUGAGAAAGAAGUGGAGGAGGCAAAUAAUGAACAGAGACUUUCUGUAGAGGAAAAUGAAUACCCUACAAAUGAUCCCGAGAAUCUCCCUCUGAAGGAGCAGGAAAUAUGUCCAUCUGCAACUGAUGAACAGAGCAUUUCUAGAGACAAUGAAGAUUCCUUUGAUGGCCUGGAACCUGCAGCUAAUGUAAAGGAACUCUCCAUAGAGCAAGAAGUGGAGUCUGCAGCCAAAGAACAGCUGCCUCCUCUGGGGCAAGUGGUAGGGGAUGUUGAUGAUGAAGUUUAUGGGGCACAGCCAGAAGGUGACUAUGAAAGUAAAGAGACUGAGAAGAUUAAAAACAUUAAAAUUGAAGAUAUGAAGACUCCAGUAAAGCAAACAAUGACACCAAGUAAAUUGAAAGAUCGAGGAUCAUCUGUUAAGUAUAAUGUGAAAGCAACACCUAAACUACAACGUGCUAAGAAUCAAGUUCCUCAGGAUAACUGCAAUUCUGAGAUCAAAGAUUUGAAGUUUCUGACUCCUGUAAGGCGCUCUCGACGCAUUGAACAAGAGUCUUUCCAAUUGCCUUUAAUGCUGCAGGACCAUGAUCCUUGUGUUUCCUCCUUGGAUGAUCUAAAAAAUUUGGCAGGAGUGUCAACUGCCUAUGUGUUCAGGAAGAAUGAUGCACUGCAAGAAUAUGCUAAUGUUUCUGCGGAUUGAUUUUUUUUUUGACUCUUAAUAAAAGAACCUCGUGCUCCUUAGCAACAUUUGGUCAAAAUGCAGUUCAUUCAGCUUCACAUGAUUUGUUUCCCUAUCACUUGUAUUAGUGAUAAUCUAUAGCAGGGUUCUUUUAUAGUAUUACAGUGCACUAAGCAUAGAAGUUGAAGCAUGAUUUAAGGGGAACAUUAAGCCGUAGUGGUCUAAAGUAUUCCUCCUGUUAUCUCCACUGGAAAAUGGAACUUGGAUCAAGUUGCCUUGGUCUCACAUCUACAAGUAAACUAUGAUUUAUUUUUUUUUCCCCUGCUGCCUAGCUCUAAAACCCUGACAACAUCAUAUGUAUUUAACAAAUAAUUAAAAAAAACACUUUUUUAAAAUGGCUGUAGUGACCCCAUCUCCACACCCCCCUCCCCCCUGCCCCCAAGCCAGAUUUAAUGCUUUAAGUAACAUUUCUUUUGGCACAUUAUCUGUAAUCUCUUAAACAAUUUUUAUUUGCAAUAUAUGAUAACUUGUGCUUACAAGCUAUUGAACAGGAGACAGGUUAUGGGUGGGGGAGUUAAUUUUAAUAUUAAAACUUCCCAGAAUAUGUAGGUACGUAAUAAAACUUGUUAUAAAUUUAAUAAUGUUGUAGUAGUUUGUCUUAGUGCUGCUGUUGAGCUGCAAUCAACACUAAUUUGAAAACUGCUAGAAAUAAUAAAAUCUCUUAAAUUUGUCAAGAUAGGGUAGGAUGAAAUUACAACACUAAGCAAAAAGAAAAGCAUUUCCAAAACACAAACUUGUAUCAAAAAUGGUGGAUCAAUUGUUUGCACCCAUUGCUAAGCUAUACAUUUCCAUUGUUGGAAUUUAAGUUGCAGGAUUUCUUGGUCGACCUGAAGUAGUGAUGAGCUCAUUUUCUCUAAGACUUGUCAAUGAGUGCCAGCAUCCUCAUUUCCUCUUAUUUUUGGUAUUAUGCUUUUAAUUUUUCCCUUUUCUCUAAGGAUGCAUUUGAAAUUGAAAUCCAAAACAAAACCAUUUGAACGAUCAGGCUUGUAUCAUCAGUUGUGCAUGAGGCAUUGAGGAUGAUGGAGUGCUGCCAAUGCAUUACAUGAGCGAACAGUUAUAUUUUUGUCUAAAUUUCUUUUACUUGUAGUAAAAUGUAAUAUUUUUAUUGUCUCCAAUAACACCUUUGUAUACACUAUUCCAUACUCUUAGUGUUUGUGGUAAUAAUUCAAGGAGCAUUUAUUCUUAAAUUGGUGUUGUUUUUGGCUUGGAAUAACAGUGAUCAUUUGUAUUCAAUGUUUUGUAAUGUGUCUUCAUUAAAUGGCCAUUCUGUUA